GCUCCAUCCACAGCCUCACUCCACCGGACUGUCAUCCUCCACCAGCUCUCCGCUCCGGUCCUGUUCCGUUUCACAUCGGCUGUUACAGCAUGGGUACGAUUUGAAGCCGCAGCACGGAGCCGUCAGCACUUUCACUCGCCACCAGGAACAAAUUCUUUCCAAGCUCGUCCGGCUGAAGUCACAAAUAAUGAUGGAGUAUUGGAGGCAAUGCGCGCUGUGGUUGAUAAACUGCAAGGUGCUUCCAGCGAACCACCGGGUGACAUGGGAGUCUGCACAGGUAUUUGACUUGGCCCAAACCCUCCGGGAUGGAGUCCUGCUCUGCCAUCUGCUCAACAACCUGAGACCCCAGUCCAUCAACCUGAAGGAGAUCAACCUGCGACCGCAAAUGUCACAGUUCCUGUGCCUGAAGAAUAUCAGGACUUUCCUGGCAGCGUGCAGCGAGGAAUUUGGCAUGAAGAAAAGCGAGAUGUUCGAGGCCUUUGACCUCUUUGACGUCAGGGACUUUGGAAAGGUUAUGGACACACUAUCUAAACUUUCCCACACAGCGAUUGCACAACAAACUGGAAUCAGGCCCUUCCCAUCUGAGGAGAGUGUUGAAGAUGAGGAUAUCUACAACCACCUGGAGGACCUGAUAGAUGAGAACGGGGUGGAGGAUGAGGAGGAUCUGUAUGACUGCGUGUACGACGACGAAGAUGGAGGAGAGAUCUAUGAGGACCUGAUGAAGACAGAAGCCAUCCCUCCUCCGGCGUUCCAGAAGCAAGCAGAGACUGACAUAAGGAGUUGCUGUUUAACAGAGAUCAAACAGACAGAGGAGAAAUACACUGAGACCCUGGAGUCUAUAGAGAAGCACUUUAUGACGCCCCUCACCAUGUUUCUGUCCAUGGCCGAGAUGGAAAAGGUGUUCGUGAAUAUUCCGGACCUGGUUAAAGUUCACAAAUGUUUACUGCUGGAAAUCCAAGACUCAGUCCACCACAGAAGUGCCCAGAACCUUUACCAGAUCUUCGUCACCUUCAAAGAGAGGUUGUUGAUCUAUGGGAAAUACUGCAGCCAUGUGGAGACAGCCAUCGCCACUCUGGACGACAUUUGCAAAGACAGAGAGGACGUACGCAUGAAGCUAGAGGAAUGUUCAAAGAGAGCCAACUACGGCAAGUUCACACUGAGGGAUCUGCUGGUGGUUCCUAUGCAGCGGGUAUUAAAGUAUCACCUCCUGCUGCAGGAGCUGGUGAAACACACUCAUGAUUCCACUGACAAGAGUAAUCUGCGGAUGGCACUGGACGCCAUGAAGGACUUGGCUCAGUACGUCAAUGAAGUCAAACGAGACAAUGAGACGCUGCGAGAAAUAGAUCAGUAUCAGAGAUCCAUUGAAAACCUGAAUCAGCGACUGAGUACCUAUGGCAGACCCAAAGGUGAUGGGGAAGUACGAGUGGCCACAGUGGACAAACGGGCUAAACAGGACAGGCACAUCUUCCUGUUUGACGCUGCUGUGAUUGUUUGUAAGCGGCGAGGAGACAACUAUGAGAUGAAAGAAGUGAUCGACCUGCACCUCUUCAAGAUCACCAACAACCCCACAUCGGACAAGGAGAACCGAAAGUGGUCCCACGGAUUCUACCUCACUCAUAACCAGGGCCAGAAUGGCUUUGAAUUCUUCUUCAAGACCAAAGAGCUGAAAAAGAAGUGGCUGGAGCAGUUUGGCAUGGCCAUAUCCAACAUUCGUCCUGAGAACGCCACUAACAACUUCCAUGACUUUAAUAUGCACACCUUUGAAAGGAUCACCUCCUGCAACUCUUGCCACAUGCUGCUAAGGGGCAUCUUCAACCAGGGCUAUAUGUGCUCCAAGUGUGGUUUAGGUGCCCAUAAAGAAUGCCUGGGCCGCUUUGGCUGCUGUGGAAAAACAGAUCCCGGCUCCGUCAGAACUCAGGGCAAAGAUCGAGAUCCAGGUCUGCCCAAGAUGCUGGUAAUCAGGAACUACUUUGGCGUGCCGAGCCCCACGUCUGGUCCGGCGCUCAGUAUCCAGACGGGUGACAUCAUCGAAUUAAUCGGCGCCGACCUACACAGCCCCUGGUGGCAGGGCAAAAUCCUGACGACAAAGGAAGUUGGCUUCUUUCCAAGCGACGCUGUGAAGCCGUGCCCAUGUGUCCCGAAGCCUGUCGAUUACUCCUCUCAAGCCUGGUUUGCAGGGCCCAUGGAGAGGCUUCAGGCGGAGGCAGAACUCAUCAACAGGGUCAACAGCACCUACCUGGUCCGCCACCGCAGUAGAGAGUACACAGAGUACGCCAUCAGUAUAAAGUACAACAACGACGUGAAGCACAUAAAGAUCCUGACCAAGGAGGGCUGCUUCUACAUCGCAGAGAACAAGAAGUUCAGGAGCAUAUUAGAGCUGAUCGAGUACUACAAACACCACUCAUUGAGGGAAGGUUUUAGGAGUCUUGACACCACGCUGAAGUUUCCAUAUCGGGAACCAGAGAAUGCUGCUAUGCACCGCCUCAACCGGCCGGGUGGCAACACCCCAUUGCUCUGCGGCCUCUCUUUUGUAACUCCUGCCGGCUACAGCUUUGUACCUCCUUCCUCUGCUCCCUUCUGGUCAGUGUUUACUCCGAAAGUGAUCGGUGUGGCGAUAGCACGGUACGACUUCAGCUCCCGUGACACCCGGGAGCUCUCGCUGCAGGAGGGUGACGUGGUUAAGAUCUACACGAAAUCGGGAGCCAACGGCUGGUGGAGGGGCGAGGUCAAUGGCAGGGUCGGCUGGUUCCCAUCCACAUACGUAGAGGAGGGUGAGGAGUGAAAGGUCCAACAUGGGAAGAAGAGUAAGACAAAGGAAGAGCGGCAGCAGCGGACUGAACAAACUGUGAACACAACAGUAACAAAGAGUUAGCUUCUGCACUGCUGCUUGCCCCAGCGUUACUUUCCAGAGCAAAGCAGGCGGCUUCACUCUCCUGCACGGAGCCCUGUCGCCUACGACCAUCCCAGAGGCCUUUGGGAGAGAGAAGGGCUACAGUACGUUGCAGAUGCAAAGAUGCCCCAUAAUUUCUGGUUGACUCUGUGUGGUUAAGUGACUCCACCAACAAGCAGCUUGCCUGUCAGCGGGGCAUAAGCCCUCGCCAGACGCCCCCUCCUCCCUCCCUAACAGCAUCCGUCCAUCCAUAAUUCACCCUGCGCUCCCUUCCUCUCUGCCCCAGCCAGCCCCCCAGCUCCCACCUGUUCCUGCUUGCCAAGUCGGCCGUCGCCAGACUGUCAAAAGUAGAUACUCAAAUGCUACUCCUCCAUUCAUGCGCUCAUCCAUCCAAGCAUCCAUCCUUUCUGCCACCCCGUGGGAAUAGAGCCAUUUGAGCCGGGAAAGACCAACACUUAUUCUCUUCUUUUUCCUCUCUCAUCCCCUUCUUUCACUCUGAAGGGAUUUCAGUUAGUUUUGACCUUGCCCAUGUGUUUCUUCCCUUAAUGCAGGUGGUUAUUGAUGACUUGAUGACCCAGAUUCACAAACACACUCCACACACACACACCACCCACCUCUCCUCCCUUUCAGAUUAUGAUCGCCUCACACACACGCUCUUACAGGAGAUGUAAGAGAGGGAUGGCGUCGGAUAGCAUCGCUGCGCGGUGCCAGCAAUUGAUCGCUGUUGUUCCUAUUUUCCUCCCAACUCCUACAUUCUUUAUCUCCGGCCCAGCCUCUCAUGUUUUUAGUUGUCUUGGCCGUUAGCGAUCCUCUGCUCUUAUCGGUGGCAGCUCUGUCGACAGGAGCCCAUUCGCGGAGGGUUUAUCUUAUUGGAAGCAUUAGCGGCUUGUCGGGGAGCGAGCCACUCUACCUAGGAGCCACCCAUCCCCUUAACAUAAAAAAGAGAUGAUGAAACAUGAACGCAGCCCAACUUUGUUCUUCUUUUUGUCUCUUUUUUUCCUCUAAAAAAAAAUUCUGCAUUGUCAGGCAUGUCCUGUUUCAUCAUCAGAUGAUGGAUAUGAUGCAGUUUGAUUGAUUGCAUUCUUGCAAAAUUCCGCAACCCCGUCUAUGUGAGGUGAUCUACCUGGAUUUGUACCUUUGCAACAUUUCAAAUGCUUCCUUGGUGUUUGCGGAAACUGGGUCUAUUUUUUCCCCCACUGAAAAAUAUCAUUUCUGCAGGAACACUUGCAAUUUAGGGGAUUUAUUUUGGCGAGAAAAACAUCAAAUUUUUAAAAAAGGUAUUUCUGUAUUAGCACUUCGAUCCAAAAGAACUGGUAUCAGCUCUCAGAAACCUUUUCUCCUCACUGCUUAUAUCUCCCCGCUAACUGUCCUCCCUCUCCACCCUCCCCCCGUAUACAUUAUGCACGCUGUCUCCUUAAUCCACAGUGAAACAGGAUUUUCCCACAUUUGAGGGAAUAAAUACCUUUAUGGCAAAACAUGCUGCACAACACACUUGUAGUGUUAACACGCGCAAGUGUGAAGUCACAGACAGAGAGACCUGAAAAUCUCCAGCAGCUGGCUUUGUGCGGUGAUGAUUUUAUCCACAGCCAUGAUGUUGAAUCCGUGUUUGAAAUAUGUACAUAUUGAUUUUUUUAAUUUAAGUCAUGGUUGGUGAUUUCUCUUCACAUUUGAGGCAGAAGGAAGUCAAACUCUUCAAACUGCUCCUUUAAUUUCUUCUUUCUUUAAAGCUGUUUUUGGCUAUACUUAUUAUAUUUCCCCUCGCUGCUCAAAUACUUUCACACACGCCUACACAUUACAUUUAAAAAAAUCAUACAUCCUUUCCUGUUAAGGGAAACUAAUAAUGCAAUGUACAUUACAGAAAAUCUGUCACUAAAACACACAUCAGGGCAGCUGACAACUUAAGUGAAAACAUGCAUCAGACGUUAAAUAAAGUCUGAACUUUCAGAGCUAUUAGAGAAGUGGAACCACACGAUGACAUCAAGGAAGCCGUCAUGUGGCGAACCGGUGGACCCUGCCUCUGGUGACAGCCCUCAGGGCAUGGCUUCCAAUCACAGCUAUCAUCCUCAUUGUGUACAUGCCACCGGGUAUUGUGUCAGAAAUAUAUUUUGUGAAUCUAAGUAAGAAUUUAUUGUAAAGAUAUGCUUUUGUAUGCGCUUAAUGGAGCCAUUAUGUUUGGAAGCCCUUAAUUGCCCCCUGCCAGCCCUGUCACUCCACGCCAUUGUAAUGUGAAUGACAAAGUACUGUUUUUGUUCUCAGUCAUAUUGUUUAAUAUCAGACUGAAGAAAUGUGUCAAGAGAACGGGUUGUAUUAUUGCUUUUUUAAACUGUGAUGUCUCCCUAGUUUUUAUAUUUAAAAAAAUGAACAGUGUCGUUAAGUGACCACUAGAUGGAAGCAUCCUAAACACAUCUCUUCCUCUCUGAGCACUCACCUUCAGCUUGCUUAAAUUUGGAGAUGACAUCAUCUGAUUAGGAGGUGAACAAUAUGAAAGGAUUGAGCAUGAGCCUCAGACUUGUUGCAGUGAGCGAGGAGGAGAGGACACACGCUUGAAAGGAGUCACUCAUGACUGAAAAUGCAGGAAGGCUAAAACAUGCAAAUCUGUAUAAUGACUGUUGUUAGGUUCCUUCACAGUCCAUGACUUCUACCAGAUUUCUUGACUUUAAAAUUUCCUGAUAUUCCAGGAGCUUCAUGUCCAGUAGGAGCACAUUUCUCCUCUCCUCCUGCCUCCCUAAAAUGUCUGCAGUCUCUGAGCAGCCAAACAUUACAUUUAUAACAUCUUUAGGAAAUCUGAGGUGAGGCAGCGGCACAAAUGCGAUCCAGCACAAGCGCCUCUCCCGUCUUGGGAAAACUGGCGAGGCAGAGUACGCUUCUCUAAUCGCAGACUCCGGUAAUCCACUCCCGCACUCCUCCUCCGCCCAGAUGAACUCUGACAGCAGGGCCAUUUACAACUGCAGGCCUUCCUCCACUCCGAGUGCGCUUCCCAGAUUUUUUUUGUGUGCAGGAGGGACGGGAGGAAGGCUCAAGGGUAUCUGUGAUCUAAUCAUUACACCAUCUCCUCACCCCAGCGACCCCGCUGCAUCCAUCUCUCUGUCGGCUCCUCUCUCUCCCGCUCUAUCUCACCUUGUCACUUCCCUUCUCUCUCCCUCUUUCUCCAUCUAUCUUUCAUCCAAUCUCUGUCUUCUUGGUUUCUCUCUGUAUUCUGUCCCUCACCUCGAUGCUUUGUAGCUGUAACUGCUGCCGUACGUUAGAAUAGAAGAUUCAGUAUUAUCAGAAGAGAGAAAGAGGCGGCUGGAGUCUCUAUAAACAACAAAAUGGAGGACUAGUUUAAUUUCACCACAGAUUCAUAGAUGGAGAGAAACGAUGCCAAUUAGAGGAUGAACUAGAGUUCGCUCUCGCCGCUGUUAUCUCCUCGUAUAGUACAGUGUGUGCACAGAUUAUGUCCAUAUGCAGAGGCACACACCGUGUACGUGUGGAGAAACAUCUUGACAGGAUUUAGGGCUGGCCAAGUCUUAGCCCAGCAGGGGUUUCAGGAUACAAUCUCCUUAACCAACACGAAAGGACAGUUCUGCAGCACCCUGAACAGAAACAUAAUACCAGCCAUCACCCGUACAUGAAGAAAAUAUGUCAUAUGAUACUUCUUUCUCUCUGGGAGUGAAAAUCCAUCCCUAAUCCAUUGACAAACCCUCCACCGGUCUCUGUGUUAUAUUGCUAUCAGCGCUCACUCCUGACUGAAGUUUGCAUUCCCUGUGUUCUCGCUCCGUGUCCUGUUAUCCCUAUGAAGCCAAAGAUGUAUGCUGUACUUACUGUACACUCAGUGUUCUGUCUCAUAACCACGGUACCCGACCGCUGUGGCCUAACUCUAAAACCGUGCAAUCUCGACUGUGUAGCAUUACCGUGUAUUGUUGCUGUAUCAUACUGUAAAAUAUGUACAUAGCACAUAAUAAAGAUAUACAUUGCUUCUUCUAA